AACUGAACAUUUUGGUGAAUAAAAAAACCCGGACACCAUGCUCAUAGUGCAGGCUGCAGCGCGCCCCCGCGAGCUGCGCGCAACAGAUGUCUGCUGAGGUCUGAGUGGAGAGGAGGGCGCCAAAUAGGAAGGACGGCAGAUGUGCGUCUGACAGCUAACCAGGAACCACUGCACUCGUCCUCCUCUGUAUACUCACCUAUGAGUCCUUGACCUGUCGGUCCUUUUCUCAUUCAGGCCGAAGAUCCCAGUAACAGGACGAGGACACAAAGUCUGACACCAGAGGCGUGCUAGCUCAGCUAGCUAACUGGAGCUAAGCUAGCUGGCCAGCCCUACUUUUUUAUAUUGGAGUUAACUUUAUGAGCAAAUAGCAGUGCGCCUGGUAUUACUGGUAUUUGGCUUCCUUUCUUGUUGCGCCACAGCAAAAACAAACAUGGAGGCAAACGGCGUGAGCAUAUGGCCACGCAUGGAACCCUUCCUACUUGGUGCCCUACAGGUGGCACCAUCCUCCAAACUAAGCCUACACUAUCUUCGAAAGAUGGCGAUCUACGUGCGAACAAGGGAUGGCUGCUUCCCCAUCCUGAGCUGGCCCAUGUGGAGGCAUAUUGCCUGUGGAAAGUUGCAGCUUCCAGAAGACCUUGCGUGGCUCUACUUUGAGACCUUUGACCUGCUGAUAGGUCAUACACCAGAGGAGAGGCUGGAGUGGGCUGAGUGUCUUUCCCAGUGUUCUACUAAAAGUGAGCUGGACCAGCAGAGGAACAAGUUGUCCGUGGACACUCUGCAGUUCCUCCUUUUCCUCUACAUUCAGCAGCUGAACCGUGUGUCUCUGCGCACCUCUCUGAUUGGUGAAGAGUGGCCCAGCCAUCGCACUCGCUCCCCGUCUCCAUCAGACAGAGAGUCCAAGACUAGCUAUCAGAACAAGAACUGGGAUGAUCAGGCUCACCUGUCCUUCGUGCAAAGCCAUCUGGCAGAGAUUUUGGAGCUGCUAGUGGAGCCUGGUCAACUGUCGCAAUCUGGACAGGCCCUAAGAGACUGCCAGAUAUCCCUGGACGCUGUGCGGAGCUUAGGUCUGCUUCUGGAGGGCUCAGUUUGCCAAGGAAAGGCUGUUCAGCCCAUUCACCGGCUGCUGACCAAAGGUCCACUCCAAACACAAGCUGGCUACUCCUCGCUCACCCACUCCUUCCCCCUGCACAAUCUCCUCUCCUGCCUCCAGCGCAGCCUCACUCUGAAUCCUUUUGGAAUAACGGCCUGUCUCCAUUCGGGCAAGAAGCUCGCUUGGGCUCAGCAAGUGGAAGGGGCCAUGAAGAGAGCCAAGAUAGCCAGGAACACCCACAUGGCACCACCUGGUAGUAAACUGGUGCUGAUGUCCCAAGUCUUAAAACAGACCCUGGCUAAAACGUCAGACAAGCUGACUGGUGGCAACAUUAAAAUCCAUAGAUGCGCUGAUGCCUUCAUAUACCUUCUCUCACCUCUCAGAUCAGUCAGUGUGGACAAAUGCCGUGACAGCACUGUGGUUCUGGGUCCUGUUGAGACCAGCGUCCACAUCCACAGCUGCCAGAAUGUGCGGGUGGUGUGCGUGGCGGGCAGAAUUGUUAUUGGAACUUCCUCACGUUGCACCAUCCAUGCCCUUACGCCCACACGCCCGUUGCUACUGCCGGGAAACACGGACAUUACUCUAGGUCCUUUCCAUACUUUCUACCCUUCCUUGGAAGAUCACAUGGCCAGCGUGGGGCUGGCGGUUGUCCCUAAUCCCUGGGAUCAGCCCUUACUUCUGUUGACCGAGGGCCUUGCCAGCCACUCACUCAAUACGUUGUCCAGCCCAGACCCCUCCUGCUACCGCUUGCUGCCACCAUCAGAGUUCCACACGCUGGUCGUGCCUUUUCAGAUGGAGGGAGACACGUGUGAGGUGCCCGGUGGUCUGCCUCCUUCAUACCAGGCAGCUCUGGACGAAAAGAAGAGGAGGAUACAGAACUGGCAGAAGACUGUGAUGGAGGCCCGGCUGAGCAAGGAGCAGAAGCAACAGUUCCAGGAACUGGUGGAAAUGAAGUUUCAUGAGUGGCUUCUGGAAACGGGUCACAGGCAGGAACUGGACAGCCUAAUCCCACCCACAAUAGCCUCUGUAAAGGACUCUGAUGGGGCAGCAGCAGACACCAACCAAGUUAAUGAUCCCAAACACAUGAGGACUGAACAGGCAGUGGGACAGUCAUCCAUGGCGUGUUGAAUUUUACUGUUAGCUUUUUUUGCCAGCAGAAUAAUUGCACCUAUAAAUUAAGGCAGCAUGGCGGUUUGCACAUGCAGGUUACAUAUGGUCUUCUUCUCAUACGGUGCUGCUGUGAGUUCCUGCUGCUGGUUAAGCUUUUCCAGCAGCUUACAGUUGUGUCCAGGUUCACAGUUCCUUCUUAAGAAAAGGCAGCUAAAUGUUUGACAUGUCUAAAGUGGGAGUGGAUUGGCAUGUUAUCAAACAACAUCAUGUGCCACACACUCUGUAAAGAUGAGGUAUGUGUGAAGUAACCACAUGCUUUAAAGAGACAUUUUCCUGCUUGUUGUCUUCUUAAGAGGGAGAAUGAGGCGGGACAAACUAGGUACAACGAUUAGCUGUGAUUGACAGUCGAGUAAAUAAACCCUGACACAUUCUUUUCAAGCA